AUGUAUCCCUCAAUACAAUUAGAUCAGCAGACCAAAUAUGCAUCGGAAGGAGCUAACGUUGGCCAUCCUUAUCCGGCGUAUAUUUCUCCAACUGUCCGUUCUGUCAGCGUUUCCCGACACUGGUCUACCGGUCUUUGCCAUUGCUGCGAUGAUCCAGCAAACUGUUGUAUCACUGGAUUUUGCCCUUGUAUCACAUUUGGACAGAUAGCCGAGAUUGUUAACAAAGGCUCUCCACAAUGUGGAGUUAGUGGAACAUUUUACUGUAUGCUGUUGGCGACUGGAUUGGCUUGCCUUUAUUCGUGUAGCUAUCGAUCUAGGUUGAGGGGACAAUACGACUUGCAUGAAGCUCCUUGUGUGGAUUGCCUUGUCCACUUUUGUUGCGAGACUUGUGCCCUUUGUCAAGAAUAUAGAGAGCUGAAGAAUCGAGGUUUCGAUAUGGGAAUUGGUUGGGAAGCCAAUGUCGAUAGGCAGACGCGGGGUGUGACAACUGUACCUUCUGUGCCGACAGGCAUGAUGAGAUGA